CGUGAUUCCUAUUCAGAUGCGAAAUACGAAAUUGCACAUCCCGAAGAAAAUAAAAACGCCCCAUCAUCCGAUUCAAAUACUCGACCGAAUACAAUGCACGAGUCUAGUAAUGCGGCCAAACCGACCCGACCGGUAAUUCAAGGUCAAGGUCAUCAAACUAAUAAUACGAACAAUUUUGCUCAGCCUGAAGUUAAGAACAAUCAAAGUCAACCUAGUAUGACUAAUCCGUACUACGUUCCUCCUGCUCACGUCAUUGGGAAUCAACAAUAUUAUUAUUAUGCCUAA